AUGAAUAGAACCGACGGAGAGCUCCAACAGGCCGAGGCCGAUGUUUCAAACUGGGGCGAAGAAAAGCACAGAAAUUCGGCGGAGGCAGAUCGACCCACGACAUCAGGCACGACCGGCUCAUCGUCUGGCUCAAGCAGUUCAGUCGAGUAUGACCCAGAUGUGCACAGGUUGCAAUCGCGCAACACAGAAGUUGACCUGGAGCGCCGACGAUCAACAACUUCACAAGCACUCAGCAGAAUUGAAACCCAGCGACUUCAACAUCAGCUUACGCUCCCGAAUCGCGAUGACUACGUGGUGGAAUUCGAUGGCCCUGAUGAUCCUUUGUAUCCGCAGAAUUGGCCGCUUUGGACAAAGGUGUAUAUUGGUGCCAUGCUCGCCUUUACAAGUAUUUGCUCAACUUUCGAUUCCGCCAUCUUUAGCUCCUCAUCUCAAAACGUCUCAAAGCAUUUCGGCGUUGGCCUCGAAGUCUCCGUCCUGUCAAGCUCGCUGUACAUUGUCGGAUACGCGUCUGGGCCACUCAUCUGGGCACCACUAUCUGAGCUCAAAGGCCGCCGCCCAGGAAUUGUGGUUGCCAUGCUUGGGUUUGGAAUUUUCAACACUGCUGUUGCAGUAUCCAAAGAUAUACAGACUCUUAUGAUCUGUCGCUUCUUCUGUGGCAUCUUUGGCAGUUCACCAUUGGCCGUCGUUGCCGCCAUUUUCUCUGACAUUUUCAACAACCGCACUCGUGGUGUCGCAAUUGCUUGUUUCUCCGGCACAGUCUUCCUGGGCCCUCUCAUGCCCCCUUCAUCGGUGGAUUCAUCAACAUGUCUUACCUUGGAGUCCUACCCACCUGUCGUUCUUGUCGAAAAGGCCGCAGAGUUGCGUCGCCGCACGAAGAAUUGGGGAAUCCACGCUAAGCAAGAAGAAAUCGAGGUUGAUUUCAAAGAACUGGUCAUCAACAACUUCUCUCGCCCGCUUAAACUGCUUUUCUACGAGCCCUUGAUUCUGGCAGUGACGGUCUACCUCAGCUUCAUUUACGGUCUUCUCUACUGCUUCUUGACAGCCUACACUCUUGUCUUCCAGCAGGUCUAUGGUAUGAAUGCCGGUGUCGGUGGCCUGCCCUUAUUCGGGAUGGUUGUUGGUCUGUUCCUCGCUGCAGCAUACAUCAUUUUGACUGCCCCAUCUUACGUUAAGAAGCUGGAAAAGAAUGGAAAUGUUCCGGUCCCCGAAUGGCGUCUUCCGCCGGUGAUGGUAGCAGGUGGUAUGUUCGCUGCGGGCCUUUUCUGGUUCGGCUGGACAGGAUUCAACGGUACCAUUCACUGGAUUGUACCCACGCUGAGCGGUCUGUUCACCGGCUUUGGUCUGUUGAUAAUAUUUAUUCAACUGUUCAACUACCUGAUUGAUACCUAUCUUAUGUUUGCUGCAUCGGCCAUCGCUGCUAAUACAUUCUGUCGUUCAAUGGUUGCGGCAGCCUUCCCUCUUUUCUCCCGUCAAAUGUUUGAUGGUAUGGGUAUCCAAUGGGCGUCCACCUUGCUUGGCUGCGUCGCCGCUGUUCUGGUCCCGAUUCCAAUUGGAUUUUACUUCUUUGGCAAACGACUUAGAAUGAAGAGCAAGUUCGCUCCUUUCUUUGAACCCGCCCAGGAAAACUGCGCUGUGGAACCCGAAGAAGAGAUGGAAAGAAACUGA